GGGGUUUGGAGCAGCUUCAGUCGACUGUCCACCACCUUCAACCAACAUGCUCCAAGCGGUCACCUGUCUCCCUUCCGGCAACAACCAUCUUCAAGUUACCGAAAAAGAAGACUGCAGCUUGGUAGUGAAAAGAGCUAGAAAUGCUUUCCAAACAGGCAAAACACGGACGUACCAGUUCAGAUAUAACCAACUCCAGCAGCUAUUAAAACUGUGCAAUGAUCACGACCAGACGUUCGCCAAGGCUUUACAAAACGAUUUGAAAAAGGGAAAAUUUGAAUCGUAUCUAUUUGAAAUUUGUGUCGUGAAAAAUGAGAUCAAAACUGCUAUGCUGCAACUUAAAGAAUGGAUGUCGCCCAAAAAGGUAAAGAAAAGUUUGGCGACUGUGUGGGAUGACGUUUACAUCUAUCAGCAACCUAUGGGUGUAGUUCUCAUCAUAGGGGCUUGGAAUUACCCGGUUCAGCUGGUUCUGAUGCCACUGGUAGGAGCCAUUGCAGCUGGAAACUGCGCCGUUCUUAAGCCGUCUGAGAUCGCUCCAGCGACUGCCGAAGCAUUGGCACGACUCCUUCCGCUUUAUCUGGACAACGACUGUUUCCAAAUUGUGUGUGGUGGGAUUCCAGAAACGGCUCAACUUCUGGAACAAAAAUUCGAUUACAUAUUGUACACUGGUUCAUCAAAAGUUGGUAAAAUCGUGAGAGAAGCAGCUAAUAAACAUCUGACUCCAGUCACGCUGGAAAUGGGUGGAAAAAGCCCUCUAUACAUCGAUGAUACAGUAAAUAUGCCACUAGCAGUCAAGCGAAUACUUUGGGGAAAGUGUAUUAAUGCAGGCCAAACAUGUAUUGCUCCCGAUUAUAUACUAUGUUCAAAAGUACUUCAAGUCAAAUUGAUAAAAGAAGCAGAGAAAAUUCUAAAGGAAUGGUUUGGAGAAUCACCUCUAAAAUCUCCAGACUAUUGUCGAAUAAUAAAUAACUCUCAUUUCAACCGCCUCGUCGAAAUGCUGAGGGAAUCACAAGUAGCUAUUGGAGGAGAAAUAAACGAGUCUGAAACAAUGAUUUCACCUACUAUUUUGAUAAAUGUGAAACCGACUGACAAAGUGAUGCAAGACGAAAUAUUCGGACCUCUUUUGCCUAUCAUCAACGUCGAAUCUCCACAGGAAGCUAUAAAUUUUAUCAAUGAAAGAGAAGCACCACUGACAUGCUAUGUUUUUACAAAAGACAAAGCAGUUCAAAACUUAUUCAUUAAUACUACUUCAUCAGGUUCAGUUUGUGUUAAUGAAACAUUAACUCACUUCAUAGUUGAUACCAUGCCUUUUGGUGGUGUAGGCAACAGUGGAAUGGGUGCAUAUCAUGGAAAAUUUACAUUUGACACGUUCACCCAUCAAAAAAGUUGUCUCGUUAAAGAUUACAACCCAAUUAUAGAAAAUUUAGCAAGUAACCGGUAUCCUCCAUAUUCUGAUAAGAAGCUUACAAUAAUGGAACUUGCAAUCCGCCAUUACCACCAUCACCUCAUCGACACCAAAUACAUGCUGGAUAUUCUAUAUUUUAUCGUAGGAAUCUCUGCGGGUCUUUUAAUAGCUUACCUAAUGAAAAUGGUUUAGGUUUAUUAAAAGUAAAUUUAAUAUAUUGCCAUGGGACUGAACUAGUUGUAGUAUUGACAAUCAUUUACUUUUAAGGUACUCAUAGUAUUUCUUGCCUGAGAAAGUUACUAUUGGAAUCUCUGAUUUAAGGAAAGAACGUUUAAUACAUAAUACAUUUUAUGUAAAUGCUACCGUUCUUACCAUGUAGUUUGCUAGUAUAAGUCUUUUAUUACGUAUAUACUUCUAUGUUUACGUAAUACGUGUGAGUGUUUUAUGAAUGAUUGUCUAUUGUUAUAAAAAAUAAAAAAAAUUUGCUCGGAAGCAAUUAUCAAUUUUGUAUAAUAUUAUUUUGAUGGUUUAUAAAUAUGUUGCACGAUAUGAAAAUGCACCAACUAGGAUUUAACUAGUUGUAAGAACUUGUUUUCAAAUAUACUUAAUUGAAAAUAUAAUUUCAGAAUUGUUUUUAUUAACC